CAACGAAGCUUCAUAAAUGAUCAGGAAGACACGGUGCAACAACACGAAGCUACAGAAACGAAGAAGCAAAACAAACAAUGGCAAAGACACCCCAAAUAGUGGUAGUAGGGAGCAGUACUUGGGGAAUCAGAAACAUCUUUCAUUCUCUUCUAGCCAUCUUAACCACUCUUCUAGUUAUCACGACCAUUUAUCUAACACAAGAGGGAGCACAAUUAAAGUCUCCAAAAACAAAUAAUGUCUCUUGUGAUGAGUCAUUGUCAUCAUCAAGUUCAAAAUGUGACUUGUUCUCUGGGAAGUGGGUUUUUGAUAACGAAUCUUAUCCACUUUACAAAGAGCAUCAAUGCAGUUUCAUGUCAGAUCAAUUGGCUUGUGGGAAGUAUGGAAGGAAGGACCUGAGUUACCAGAACUGGAGAUGGAAGCCCCACCAGUGUGACCUUCCUAGGUUCAACGCCACAGCAUUGCUUGAGAGGCUGCGAAACAAGAGGCUUGUGUUUGUGGGGGAUUCACUUAACAGAGGCCAAUGGGUUUCCUUGGUUUGCCUUGUUGAUUCUUCAUUGCCCCAAACUCUCAAAUCCAUGCAUUCCAAGGCCAAUGGUUCACUAAACAUUUUCAAGGCCAAAGAAUACAAUGCAACCAUUGAGCACUAUUGGGCCCCAUUACUUGUAGAAUCAAACUCAGAUGAUCCAGUAAACCAUAGGGUACCCGAGCGCACUGUGAGGGUCAAGGCCAUUGAAAAACAUGCAAGGUACUGGACUGAUGCAGAUUAUCUAGUCUUCAACACUUACCUCUGGUGGAGAAGGCCUGUCAUGAAUGUUCUGUGGGGAUCAUUUGGAGAGCCAAAUGGGGUUUACAAAGGUGUUGAAAUGUUGAGAGUCUAUGAAAUGGCCCUAAGGACCUGGUCUGAUUGGUUGGAAAUCCAUGUCAAUCGUACCAAGACCCACUUGUUUUUUGUUGGCAUGUCACCCACUCAUGAAAGGGCUGAAGAAUGGGGAGCAGCCAAGGGGGAUACUUGCUACAAAGAAAUAGAUAUGAUAGCGAAAGAGGGGUAUUGGGGGAAAGGGUCUGAUCCUAAAAUGAUGCAUGUGGUAGAGAAGGUGCUUGAUGAUUUGAAAACCAGAGGUUUGAAUGUUCAAAUGCUUAACAUCACACAGCUCUCAGAAUACAGAAAAGAAGGUCAUCCAUCUAUCUACAAGAAGCAGUGGGAACCUCUAACCAAAGAACAGAUUACAAAUCCAAAUAGUUAUGCAGAUUGCAUACACUGGUGCCUCCCUGGAGUUCCUGAUGUGUGGAAUGAGCUCCUUUAUGCUUAUAUUUUCAACCAAUAACACACAUUUUCCAUGGCAAGCAUGGAAAUCAGUGUUUUGUGUAAAAAUGACACAUUUAUAUAGCCCCACUUCUCUUUCUAUUUAAUAA